AGAUGGCCUUUAAUCCGAGGAGCCCCUGAAGGCACCACACUGCCCCCCCCUCCCCUCUAUAAAUCACCUUCCUCCCACUGCGCUGAAUCGGAAGGCUGGGACCCGAAGGACACAAAGGAGCAGAACCUCGUGGACGCGUACUGCUCGACCGGAUGUGGUCCUGAAUGGGCAGAAGCCGACCUGAGAUCAGCGGUACCGUCCUGUGUGAUGGGAGAGGCAGCCGAGCAGGAUGGGCAACAAGCAGACAACCUUCACCGACGAGCAGCUGGAGGCCUUUCAGGACUGCACCUUCUUCACCAGGAAGGAGAUCCUGAGGUUACACGGACGAUAUCGUGAACUCGCUCCUCACCUUGUGCCUCUGGAUUACACCAACAACCCCGACAUCAGGGUUCCUCCCACGCUCAUUGUCACUAUGCCGGAGUUCAAGGAGAACCCGUUCAGAGACAGAAUAGUGGAAACAUUCUCUGAGGAUGGAAACGGGAACCUGAGUUUCAACGACUUUGUUGACAUGUUUUCCGCUCUCUGUGAAACCUCGCCCAGAGAACUCAAGACCAUCUACGCCUUCAAGAUCUACGACUUUAACAGGGACAACUUCAUCUGUAAGGAGGACCUGAAGAAGACCCUGAACAAGCUUACCAAAGGAGAGCUGACGCCAGAGGAAGUCACACUGGUCUGUAACAAAUCCAUGGAAGAGGCCGACCUUGAUGGGGACAGCAAGCUUUCCUUCUCCGACUUCGAGAAUAUGGUCUCAAAGGCUCCGGACUUCCUCAGUAACUUCCAUGUACGGAUAUAAGACUCUCCGGCAGCAGAGGAUGGACGUCCCACCUUGUCUUCAGGCGUCCUCCUGAGAACCCUCCCCCCCGGGCUCAAUGCCUGUCCUUUGGGAGGGUCACAGAGGACCAGCAUUAAAAACCCUUUUCCUUUGAAGAGGUUUGAACAGGGAUCAUUUUAUACCAAGAGAGGAAUCUAUGUCUCCUGAGGACCUCCUCUGAGAACCUCUCAGCCAAUGUGGCUUUUCUGACUUCCGUGCUUUGCAGAAAGGUCGGAUCCAUCGAAGGGAUUGAUUAUCAAAAGCACAGUUUUAAAGGGCAACACGGCGACGAGCUCGGCAGCGGGUCUCUGUGAGGUGGUCAUUACAGAUGUUCGCUUCGUCGUUCUGGUGCUCAGUGACAAUCAAAGUAAACUGUUGUUCAGUUGAUGGAAGGGCUCUCUGUCACCUCACCUGUACUCCUUGGCUUUGAUAAAUCUCUUUCCCCAAAGCUUUGUUCACUCACGAGAGGAAUAAAUAAAUAAAGAUGCUUCUGUUUCUUUG